GAGCCCAAAACUGCCCCAAAACCACAACCGAUUGGGAACAUCGCAUUGAUCAUUCUCUUGACGACGUGUACAUGUUGUGCUUUGUUCAUACUAUGGAGAAGAGCGGAGGCUUUUAGAGCUAUCAUAUCACACCAGUUGAAGACGAUUACGCGAAGCGAGGGUCAAAUACGGCUUAGUCAGGACGAUGGACCCCCGGCUCAUGAAUUCCUUGAAGAC